GGGUUGCGUUGUAACACGAUUGACAGCUGUCACAAAAUUGUCACGGAUUUCAACAUAUUGCACGGCAGACUGACGGGGCGAUGAACCAGCCACUUGUCAGCCUAUUUACCUCUCUUACUUGUACCACCACCUCCAUAGUGUCUGCGCCUCCCCUCCCCCCCCAGCAUCUACGCGUCGCCUGGCCGCCAGAAUGGGCAACUGCGUCUCGCAGCCCAAUCAGGACGAGAAGGCCUGUUCCGAUUUGAUCGACAAACAACUCGAGGAUGACGGCAAACGAUUCAAGAAGGAAUGCAAGAUUUUGCUCUUGGGCUCCGGAGAAUCAGGAAAAUCGACCAUUGUCAAGCAGAUGAAGAUCAUCCACCAGGGGGGCUUUACCAUCGAGGAGCGGGAUUCCUACCGUGGGACGAUAUACAAGAACGUUCUUGAUUCAGCACAGGCUAUUGCCCUGAUGAUGCGCAAGAUUGGGAUUCAAUACGCCAACGAGUCGAAUCAGGCCCUCGCAGACAGGAUACUCGACUGUCGGCUAGAACGACGAGACGACGUCCUCUCCCCCGACGUCGCCAACGCCAUACACCUCUUCUGCCAAGACGGAGCGAUCCCGCAGCUCCUGGACGAGCACUCGAGUGACUUUUACCUGAUGGACAGUGCUUUCUACUUCUUCACAGAGGUCCUCCGUAUCGGCGCGCCGGGAUACAGGCCCACGGAGACAGACAUCCUGCGUGCGCGGGCAACGACGACCGCCAUCACCGAAACGAGGUUCACCAUGGGCCAACUGCAGAUACACAUGUUUGACGUGGGCGGCCAGCGCUCGGAGCGCCGCAAGUGGAUACACUGCUUCGAGAGCGUCACGUCCAUUAUCUUUUGCACGGCCAUCAGCGAGUACGACCAGGUCCUGCUGGAGGACAAAAGCCAGAACCGCAUGGCGGAGUCACUAGUGCUCUUCGAGUCCGUCAUCAACUCGCGGUGGUUCCUCCGCACCUCCAUCGUGCUCUUCCUGAACAAGAGUGACGUCUUCAAGAAGAAGAUCCCCAAGAUACCGCUGGAGCGCUACUUUCCCGAGUUUCCUGGCGGGAAGGACAUCAACAAGGCCGCCAAGUAUAUUCUGUGGCGGUUCAUGAAGGCGAAUAGAGCCAGGCUGAGUGUUUAUCCACACUUGACGCAGGCGACCGACACCGCCAACGUCCGACUAGUCUUCGUCGCGGUGAAAGAGACGAUCCUGCAAAACGCACUGAAAGACUCAGGAAUCCUCUAAGCCUGGCCAGCACGGUUUUCUUGAAUUCUCUUUUCUUUUGGGGGUUUUGUCCGGCGCCGAGAGGGGGGGUAUGUGAAUUCUUGGAUUCUUAUUGUGCGGGCUCCACCCGUGGAUGGCGGGCCGACGAUGAGGGUCACGCAGCAUGCCGCAUGUGGACACCGAGCCGAGCCAAGCUAAGCUAAGCCGAGUCAUAGUAGGGCCCUUCGUGGAAGUUCUUGAUGGGCAGGCAGGGGUUUAGUAUAUAUAUCUUAGGCGUAAUUGCUCAUAUUAUAUGCUAACUUAUUUUUGUAUUCACGAUCUGUAACGAUAUAUGUGUAUGGUCUA